UCCGUUAGCAUCACAUCAUCCAUUUGCUCCGCAAGCAGAGUGCCCUUGCAGUGAUACUGUGGCCAAGCCAAGCUAAAAUGGCUGAAGAGGUGAUUCUUUUGGAUUUCUGGCCAAGCCCUUUUGGGAUGAGAAUCAGAAUAGCCUUGGCUGAGAAGGGUGUCAAGUAUGAGUACAGGGAAGAGGACUUGCCCAACAAGAGCCCUCUUCUCCUGCAGAUGAACCCAGUUCACAAGAAUGUUCCUGUUCUCAUCCACAACGGGAAACCCAUUUGUGAGUCCCUUAUUGGUGUUCAGUAUGUUGAUGAGGUCUGGAACGAUAAGUCUCCUCUCUUGCCGGCCGAUCCUUACCAGAGAGCCCAGGCUAGGUUCUGGGCUGAUUUCGUUGAUAAGAAGAUAUAUGAUAUUGGGAGGAAGACAUGGGCUACAAAGGGAGAAGAGCAGGAGGCAGCCAAGAAAGAAUUCAUUGGGGUCCUGAAGUUGUUGGAAGGUGAGCUUGGAAACAAGCCUUAUUUUGGUGGUGAGAGCAUGGGAUUUGUGGAUGUUGCACUGAUACCAUUUUACUCCUGGUUUUAUGCCUAUGAGACCUGUGGCAACUUCAGCAUUGAGGCUGAGUGUCCUGUGCUAAUGGCUUGGGCUAAGAGAUGCCUGCAGAAAGAGUCUGUAUCCAAGUCUCUUCCUGACCAACAGAAGGUCUAUGAAUUUAUCCUUACGCUCAAAAAGAGAUAUGGGAUUGAGUAGAAGAAGAGAGAUGAUAUCUUAUAUUUCUUGUUCUUAUGUUGGGUAUGCUUUGUGUUUUAAAUAAUUGGUAAGGGUACUUAGCUGUGCCUUUGCUUUGAUUUUAGGGUGGAAGGAACUUAAUUGCUUGUGAUGGUGAGAGGUCAUGACUUAGCUGUGGCUGCUCCAUACAACUGUACUUUGUUCUCUCUUCGUUAAUAUUUAUGUAUGUAUUGGGGGAGGAUGCAUUUUUGUUCUCUCUUUCUACUAA